UCGGGGACUUCCGGUGCGUGGGGUGCUGUUCCGGGUUGUGCCGCGGUUCGAGGCAACGAGGGUGCUAUUCGGCCGGCCUGCGGCUGCUACCGGUACUGACAUGAGGGCGAGCCGGGAAAGCGGCAGCUAAGCAGGCUGGGAAAGCGCCAGUCCCCGAGAAUUCCGAGAGUGCGGAGGGGCUGGAAGGCGCCGGCAAGCUGGGCCCUCCGCUCAGGAACGUGUCCCGGGGCCGACCCGGCCCGUAGUGUGGCAGCAGCUUCAGUGAGGAGCUCAAUUCAAGUCUUGCCAGGAUGCCAAGCUUUCUGAUUCUAAUUGACAUGCUUAAAGUCAUCCAACCAUUUACUGGCUGGCCCCAGUGGAGAAUGGCCCAAAUCUAAAAUGCUGCUCCUUCUCUCUUGAUGGCAGUUGCUGACAUAAAGGAGACUAACAAAGAAGACUGAGGUGCAGACUUGAAUCUUGAGGUGAUGUGAGGUGGGAUUUUGGAGUCACACCCACCUGGAUUGACUUCUGGCUCUGUCAGUUCUUAACUGUAUGACAUGGACAAUCUGCAAAAUGAGGACAAUACUGCCAAUCUCAUGCAGUAUUUGUGAGGAGUAAAUGAAACAACUAAUGUAGGUGAGCCUGUGAAACAAUAUGAAGAAGAGAAAAUAGCCUUUUAAGGAAAUUGGCCCACAGAAAGGAUGGCCUUCUUGGACAAUCCAACUAUCAUUCUAGCUCAUAUUCGACAGUCACACGUGACCAGUGAUGACACAGGAAUGUGUGAGAUGGUUCUCAUUGAUCAUGAUGUUGACCUAGAGAAGAUUCAUCCUCCUUCAAUGCCUGGAGACAAUGGGUCAGAAAUUCAGGGAAGCAAUGGUGAGACUCAGGGCUAUGUAUAUGCCCAAUCAGUUGAUAUCACCUCAAGUUGGGACUUUGGUAUUAGAAGACGCUCAAAUACAGCUCAAAGAUUAGAACGACUCCGAAAAGAGAGACAAAACCAGAUCAAAUGCAAAAAUGUUCAGUGGAAAGAAAGAAAUUCUAAGCAAUCAGCCCAGGAGUUGAAGUCACUGUUUGAGAAAAAGUCCCUCAAAGAGAAACCUCCAAGUUCUGGAAAGCAGUCAAUAUUAUCUGUACGCCUGGAGCAAUGCCCUCUGCAGCUGAAUAACCCCUUUAACGAGUAUUCCAAAUUUGACGGCAAGGGUCAUGUAGGCACAACAGCAACCAAGAAGAUCGACGUCUACCUCCCCCUGCAUUCAAGCCAAGACAGACUGCUGCCAAUGACUGUUGUGACAAUGGCCAGCGCCAGGGUGCAGGACCUGAUCGGGCUCAUCUGUUGGCAGUACACAAGCGAAGGACGGGAGCCAAAGCUCAAUGACAAUGUCAGUGCCUACUGCCUGCAUAUUGCUGAGGAUGAUGGGGAAGUUGACACAGAUUUCCCGCCACUGGAUUCCAACGAGCCCAUUCAUAAAUUCGGCUUCAGUACUUUAGCCCUGGUUGAAAAGUAUUCAUCUCCUGGUCUGACAUCCAAAGAGUCGCUUUUUGUUCGAAUAAAUGCUGCUCAUGGGUUCUCCCUUAUUCAGGUGGACAACACAAAGGUCACCAUGAAAGAAAUCUUGCUAAAGGCAGUGAAACGAAGAAAAGGAUCCCAGAAAAUUUCAGGCCCUCAGUACCGCCUGGAGAAGCAGUGCGAGCCCAACGUCGCCGUGGACCUGGAGAGCACUUUGGAGAGCCAGAGCGCGUGGGAGUUCUGCCUGGUCCGCGAGAACAGUUCAAGGGCAGACGGGGUUUUUGAGGAAGAUUCACAAAUUGACAUAGCUACAGUACAGGAUAUGCUUAGCAGCCACCAUUACAAGUCAUUCAAAGUCAGCAUGAUCCACAGACUGCGAUUCACAACGGAUGUACAGUUAGGUAUCUCUGGUGACAAAGUAGAGAUAGAUCCUGUUACGAAUCAGAAAGCCAGCACUAAGUUUUGGAUUAAGCAGAAACCCAUCUCAAUCGAUUCUGACCUGCUCUGUGCCUGUGACCUUGCUGAAGAAAAAAGCCCCAGUCACGCAAUAUUUAAACUCACGUAUCUAAGCAAUCACGACUAUAAACACCUCUACUUUGAAUCCGACGCUGCUACCAUCAAUGAGAUCGUGCUCAAGCCCUCCCUAGGCACCUUCUGUGUGCCGGGCUGGUGCCUGGGAUCCUGCAGUGACAGACCCAAUCUCUGCCCUCAGCUUUUCCUCUGUCAGAGGAGGCAGACAUCAAACACUGAAAUUACGAAGAGUGUUAAGACAGUCACAAAGGUGCUGUGUAGGUCAACUACAUCCUGGAGGCGCGAGCAAGCACUGCCCGGGCUGACUAUUUUGCUCAAAAACAAAGAAAACUGAACAGGCGUACAAGCUUCAGCUUCCAGAAGGAGAAGAAAUCAGGGCAGCAAUGACACUGGCCUCCAGCCUCAACCUGUUGCCGUAACUCAGAGCCUGCCUGCCAGGCCAGGGGGCCCUGGAGCCCUCCCGGGUCUUGCAGUCCUCAGGGGGAGGCAGUCCCUGGCUCACGGGCACUGGGCUGGUGUGCUCUCAGGGGGAGGGGCCCCCUCAGAACAGAGUGGGGGACAUUUCCAUGGGACUGAAGCCUGAGAGGCAGUGGCUUUGAUUAGCAGUGCACAGGGGCCAGGGGACACCAAGGAGCCACGUGCUACCCAGCCAUCAUCACUGCCUGACGGCCCUCCUGAGGAUGUACAUAGCCACGCCCAGACAUUUCCUUGCAACUUGAUCAAAUUUCUUAAACAAAGAACAAAAAUGUACAUUUCUUUUUAUCCUUUGAAUAAAACAGGUGUACUCUUUA